AUGAGUCAAGAAAAGACAAAUGGACACAAAACUGAUUUUGAGCUGCCCGCUGGAGUUACGGUGGAGGAAGUCGAGAUCCCGGUGCCGUGGGGCCACGUCGCCGGCAGAUGGUGGGGGCCCAGGGACCAGCAGCCGCUGAUCGCGAUCCACGGCUGGCAGGACAACGCGGGCACUUGGGACAACCUGAUACCUCUCCUCCCCCCCGCCACGUCCGUCCUGUGCAUCGACCUACCCGGCCACGGGCUCUCCUCCCACUACCCGACCGGCAUGCUCUACUACAUAUUCUGGGACGGCAUCGCCCACCUGCGCAGGAUCGUGAAGCACUACGGCUGGAGCAAGAUCAGUCUAAUGGGCCACUCGCUCGGCGGCGCCCUCAGUUUCAUGUACGCCGCGUCAUUCCCCGACGACGUGGAGAGGAUAAUAUGCAUUGACAUCGCCAGCCCCGCCGUUAGGGUGCCGGAGAACAUGGUGAAAUCGACCGGCUGGUCUAUCGACAAGGUGUUGGAGUACGAAACCCUUUCCGAGGACAAGGUGCCGUGCUACGACUACGAGGAGAUGAUCGACAUAGUGGUGGACGCUUACAAGGGCUCCGUGUCGAGGGAGAACUGCAAGGUGCUGAUGAGGCGCGGCAUGGCGCCGACGGCGGCGCACAUGAAGAAGAAGGGCUACCACUUCAAGAGGGACCCCAGGCUCAAGGUGGCCGGUCUGGCGAUGAUGUCGCUGGAGACAGCCCUGGCGUACGCCGCGAAGGUCAAGUGCAAAGUGCUGAAUAUCAGGGCGAUACCUGGCCAGAACUGGGAGAGGCUCGACUAUUACGAGGCGGUGGUCGAAAAGUUGAAGCAAACGACGGACGUCAGGUACGUGGAGGUCGAGGGCACCCACCACGUGCAGCUGAACGCUCCAGAGAAUAUAAUAGACAUCGUAGAAGAAUUCUUAGAGCAAUGU